ACUAGAGGCGUUGCUCCUAGAGGGCGCUUUUCGUAUAACCAGACAAAACCAGACGAAAAUGCUGUCUGGAAAGAGCAUUUUAGCCGUCGUAUUUUAAGUGGUGCGAUUAUAAUGCGACGGGAUCGGUUUUAAAUCCGAGCUUUUCUCGACAUCGGGGAAGGGAAAGGUAGCCCAGGUACACGGAGCCUCGGUUCCCGAGAUGUGAGUCCGACGGCUCCGAACGGCAUGAUGUUGUCUGCAGACGCCCAUAACCCAGCAGACUACACCUAGUCUCAACUAUUGUGUUAUUCCUUUGGAUUCUGAAUGAAUAGCACCACUUAAAAGAAUCCACUCGGUGAUUUGAAAAUGUCUGGAGGUGAGCGCAAAGUAAAGCGCCACCCUAGAGGACAGGGGUGGGAAGAAGCUGGUGGCGAAUUUUAUCAAGAAAGCUAUCCUGGAGGAGAGGCUGAACUGGAAGCGAUGCACCAGAACCCCUCUAACAUUGCGACUCUGCUGCCAAGCAAGCAGAAUCGGACUGCCACAUACUCCAAAAUGUACGAUGCCAAAACAACAAUGAGGAGGAGGACAGCCAACAGGACAGCCAAUAGAGCGCAAUACCAGACCACUGCCAGGAGACCAUCUGCCUCUGCUGCUACUGCUGCAGCCACUGAUGUAGCAUCAAUGUUACCCGACCUCUCUGAAAAUUUGUCAAAUGAAGAGAGAACAUGGGAGGAAAUAAUGCAGAUCAAAGCUCUACCUGUCAGCAUGGCACAAAAAAAGGAGCACAAAGCUAAGUUACAGAGCCAAACAAAGUUAAGACUGCAAGGACUAGAACAACUAAAAUGGCAACGCCGUAAAAUGUGGCAGCGGUUAAGGAGAUCCUGGUCUGAAGCUUAUGCGAAAAUGGAACUCUGGAGGCACAGUAUGAAAGAAGUGGAGGGUGACUUUGGAACUGGGGUUGUGGCAUAUUUUCUGUUUAUCAAGUGGCUCAUGUUCCUUAAUCUUGGAGUUUGCACUCUUAUGGUUUUGUUUAUUGUCCUCCCUGCUGUUUUUCUUAAACCUGCUCAACAAUUCCCAGAAUGUAAUUUGAGCAACAACUUCACAGGGCAAGGCUCUGUUGAAUGCUGUUCAGCACAGUAUGCCAACACCACCUCUGAGCCUGCAGAAAAUAUUUUCAUGCAGUUCAUUCAAGGAAGAGGAAUUGUAGAACACACUCAGGCAUUUUAUGGAGUUUAUCCUAAUGUUGAGCUUACUCUCAAUUCAGCAGCCUGGCUCAGUUAUGACAUGCCUUUGGCAUAUAUUAGCCUUUCAUUAGUUUUCAUGCUGGUGAGCUUAGCUGCUAUUGUAAAAUCAGCUGCCAAAGGAUUCAAAGAGCGCCUUGUUGAGGGAGAAGGGCAGUUUUACCAAUACUGCAAUAUAAUUUUUUCUGGUUGGGAUUUCUGCAUAAAAAAUGAAAAAUCAGCAUGUAUUAAACACAAGGCAAUUUUCAAUGAGAUCAAGGCAAGCAUUGAGUCUGAGCGCAUUGAGGAAGAGAGACUCACACGUUCGAAAGAGGAACGAUUCAAGCUGUUUUCUGUGCGAGUUCUAGUGAAUCUGGCAGUUUUUGUGCUUCUUAUUGCUGCCCUUUAUCUCAUUUAUGUUGUGUUUGACUUUUCGGCUCAGACUCAAACUGAUUAUAUCAUAGCCAACAAUACAUUACUAAGGCUUUUGUUCGAGUUCUUGCCAUCUUUGUGUGUGGUUGGCCUGAACUUGGUAAUCCCAAUAAUUCUGGGAAUGCUUGUUCGCCUGGAGAGAUACUCACCUGUUCUGAUUGUGCGUAUCACUCUCAUGCGGACUGUUCUGUUACGUCUAUCAUCACUUGGUGUUGUGCUGCUGUCAUUCUACCGCCAAUUUAAUUGUGAUGAUCCUUGCAGACCUGAAGGUGCGGAUGCCAAAUGCAAGAAGCCCCUGUGUUGGGAGACCUAUGUUGGACAACAAUUCUUCAAGCUAAUGCUUGUGGAUUUUUUGUCACAUAUUGCGGUUACGUUCAUUGUGAACUUCCCACGAGGUCAGCUUGCAAAAUAUUCCCACAAUUCAGUAGUUGCAUACCUGGGCGAGCAGCAGUUUGACUUGCCGAAGCAUGUUUUGGAUGUUGUGUACAUUCAGACAUUGUGCUGGCUGGGAAGUUUCUUUGCGCCAGUGUUGCCUCUCAUGGCAUCAAUUAUCUUCUUCUUUAUGUUCUACAUCAAGAAAUUUGCCUGCCUGGUGAACAGCAAGCCUUCUACAAUUCCUUACCGUGCAUCAAGAUCCAAUUCAUUAUUCAUGGCCGUGCUGCUUCUAUCGUUUGUAGUAAUGAUCAUUCCUCUAGGCUACACUAUAGCUGAAAGGACACCUUCCAAAUCAUGUGGCCCUUUUCGUGGUUUGCCUUCUGUAUGGUCAGUUAUUGUUCGAACAUUUGUGUCUUCUCCUGCAUGGAUAAAGCAUGUGGUAUUCUUUUUCACUACCGCAGGCUUUGCUGUACCAGCCUUUAUCACUCUCAUUCUUUGCCUCUAUUAUUUCUACGCUGUUUCAGCAGCAAAUAAGCACAUGGUGCUUGUUCUUAAAAAUCAACUGGUGCUAGAAGGUCGGGAUAAACAGUUUUUGUUGCAUAGGCUUAGCCAAAUUAUUAAACAGCAACAAGAACAUCAUAAAGCCAUGAGAGCUGCUGCUCAAAGUGCGCACAUGAACAGCACUGACAUUUCAAGUAGCACUUAAAUCAUUCUUAAAGGCAUAUCUGUCACUUUGUCCCACAAGGGUUACUAAACUGUGUUUGCCAAAGAACAAAAAAAUAUGUGGAGAUUAUUUUGCUGUAAAUUACUCAUGUUUUGCCAUUGAGUGUAAUGCAAUAUGAUUGAAGCGAGCAGAACUGAUGAGGGUGGUCCAGUGGCGACAAUUGCGUUUCUAGUCAGAUUUGAAACAAUUUUAAUUUUGUACAUACAUGUGUAACACUUAGGGAAAAAGAAUCUUUUGUUUUGUUUUUUUAAGAAAGGACCGCUUCUCAGCAAGUUGGUAGCCUUUUCUUUUGUUUUUAAAUCUAUUUUAUGUGAAAUAGUACGGAAGCCAUGCUCAUAUGCUUACGUAUGAAGCUGCUCAAAGUAAGUGUUCAAAAAAAAAAAAUUACUAUGGUUGCUGCAGUAUUAUAUUUAUAAAGCUACCUGCUACAUUGUUUUUAAGAGAGUUUUUCUUUAUCCUUUUUUUUUUUUUGAGUUGGUUGAGACUUAUGAGUUUUGGGUGAAAACUGUUUGCUCUUGUAGCUGAAUGUUAUUUUACCAGUUUGAUUUAAAGGCUGUAUGCAUGAUUAUUUGUAUUGCCUGAUUUCCCAUGCCCUACUUUUAUAAACUAAGACCGAAUUCUGCCUGUUUAAAGCAAACAAAUCAAAAGCCAUUGGGAAAUUCCAAUUCCAAAAUAAUGUUACCUUUCUGAUUUAAAGCAUUUAUUUUAACUGAUACCAUUGUGUCUUGAAACAGUGUCCUCACAAUUCUUAGAUGAUAAGUAAGAUUUAAGUUAUAUAUACUCAAAGAUACUUCAAUAUUCAGUCACUCGUAUUGGAAUCAUUAGCUUAGUCAGUGUUUUCAUAUAUUGCAAGUGUGCGACCCUGUGUAGGUGAAGAUGAAGAAGUAAGGUUGUGCAAAGAGCAUACAUAAACGCAGAAAACCAAAACGUUGCAUAGAAAGUGUGCAAUGAAUACAAAUGUAAUGUUGUGCUUGCUGUUCUUUUUGGGAUGAGAUAUUCCAAAACCUUUAAUGUAAUGUAUACUGACUUAAUGGCUUGAACAAACAGCUAUUAGGUAUCACGAUUUUACUAACCCUUUUGGCUACCCAUUUUCCUACUGGGUUGUUUGAUUUCUUCUUUGUGCACUUUAUCAUUCCUUUGAUCUGAUCAAUAGAUGUAAAGUCUUCCUAUUUUGAUCAUUAUGUGAUGUGGAAUUUCUUGUCAUAGUAAAAGUCUCCUAGCAUUAGCUUUGAUCUCUCAAGUGGGGUGUUCUGCACACCAUUUAUUGGAUAGUUUAACUCUGGUCCACUUUAGAACAUUGACUUCAAGAAGGCUGAAAAUUUGCUGUGAGAAAUAUUAUUAAUUCGAAUGUAUCAAAUAUGAUAAGAUGUGAUGAGAGUGAGUGUGUUCCUGAUAAAAUGGUAUUUACCUCACCUUUUGAGGCGGCUUUGUGAUAAUCAUCAGGCUUGUAGGAUAUAAAUAUUCCUUUGCGUUUCUUGAUUGUACUUAGCCAUCUAUGUUAUUAAUACUGAUUUAUUUUCCUAAUCAUCCUGUUUUGCAAAAUGAGGCAUUAAGGAAAAUUGUGUCCAGAUAUAGCAGUUGCCGUUGUUCUUCCAAAAAAUGACCUGCCUAUUUGAUUAGGUAUAAGCUAUUGAAAAAUAUCAAGAAUGGUGCUUUUACUGCUAUUUAAAUUAGAAGUUAGAAACAGCAAUUUGUGCGCUAUCAUGAUGAAAUGAAGCUGUUCAUUUAAAAUAGAGUAAUUGUAUCUCUUCUGUUUUUAUUGAUGUAAUCUUGAAUCUCUUUUGCAUUUGGUUGCCACCUUUGUAGUCAAGUAAAUAUUAGAUAAGA